AUGCAAAAUCGUCCAUCUGAUUCCUUGGUUAUUGGGAACAUUCACAAUAGCAUCGGCGAAAUCCAUUGGGCGAAACAUGAGCACGAACGAGCACUUCAAUCAUUCAAGCAAGCCGUUCAACUUUUUGAACAAGCCAAACUUGCUAAUCAUUCGGACAUGGCCUUGUUUCUUGACAAUAUCGGUCUUGUUUAUCAGCAACAGAAAAAUUAUCCAGAAGCACUUAUUUACUGUUCGAAAUCGUUGAGCAUUCGACAACAUUGUUUACCAUCAAAUCAUCCUGAUUUGGCGAUGUCUUACAAUAAUGUUGGCAUGAUCCGUUGGAAUCUCGAUCAUUCUGAUCUUGCCAUCGAACUUUUGCGAGAAGCACUCAAUAUCAGAAAGGAAUCACUUCCUACUCAACAUCCAGAUAUUGCUUUAUCUUAUAGAAAUUUAGGCGUUGUUUACGAAAGUACUGGUCAAUACAAGCUAGCACUGGAAUCAUUUCAACAGGCAUCAAAAAUUUACUCUAAAGUAUGGAAAGAUGAUCAUCCAAAGGUUGUCGAAAUUAAGAAAUAUAUUGAACGUGUUUCGCAACAAUCUCAAAAUUGA